UUUUCCUGACCGCGAUCUAUCGACACUCUGCUGGUCGAGUCUGAGUCAACAUGGCGGCCUGCUGAGGCAGGAAUGCGGGUUUAAACUCUUCCACGGGCCGAAAUGUCACUGCUGAGACUGUGCGCUUUCCCGACAUCCCUGAGCGCCAGGUUCGUGUCUGGACGAAGUUCUCGGGCUUCAUUAAAUGCCAGCCAGUGUCAGAUGUGCCUCAGACUCCGGAGCAGCACCGGGAGAGGAACAGGAGAUAACCCCUGGACAUCACUACAGCAAAAGCACUACUCUGCUAUUCCAAAGAAGGAAGAUGGGAAAAGACGAGUGUGGGAACAGUCUCAUUUGCUGGACGUUCUUGAGGCUCGGAUGCAGCAGUUACAGUCUGAUGUUUUACACGUGAACCAUCAGAAGGUUGAAAUCGUCAAAACGCCACGUGGAGAAACGAGAGCCGGUGCAGUGAGGAGUAAAGCGACGCAGGCAGGAUCUCCUAAAGCUGUUCAGUCUUCUAAGAAAACCACAGUUUCUGAGAACAUCUCGGCUAAAACUCACGCCAGCCGCUGGAUCGAGAAACUGAAACUCGAGAAAUCGAACAAAACUAAGAAACAGUCGUCUCUGCAGCAAAAACUCUGCGAAAAAACAGCAGCAAAAGGCACUAAAGGGAACCUGAAGUCUCCUGGAACCUCCAUGAAAACCAUCUCCACUGCCAAAAGGAGCAAACAACCCAAAGUGGAGGCUUCGGCCGUCCCGGUGCCUCAGUCCAAACUCUUACAGCCCAAAGCGUCCAAACGUAGCGCGAGUGCCAACGUGAUCAAGAAGGAUCCUGAAGAACCUUCCAGAGCUGCAGAGCUGGCUGAAGUGGAAGAACUGGAAGAGGUGGUGGGUGAGUGGAGUCGGAGUAAUGCAGAGAGACUUCUAGAAGAUAAAGACGGGAACCGAUACGGCGACGCGCAGCUAAACCUGCGCUGCUACCUGGAGGCGUGUGUCUUUACGGGGGAUGCGGAGCGAGCGCAGCGCUGCCUCUUCUUUCACCACAGACACCUGAGCAAACGCAAAGUGCUCUCCAUCAGCGCCUACAACAUCAUGAUGAAGAUGUGGGCCAAGAAGGGAUCUGUGAAUCACAUCGGUCGCUUGUUUGCUCUGCUGGAGGAAGCAGGUCUGAAACCCACCAUGGCGUCGUACGCUUCAGCUCUGGAGUGCAUGGGACGCAAUCCUGACACCUCCACACGCACUAUCAACAGGUGUCUCCAGCAGAUGGCUGAAGCAGGCCUGUGUUUGGAUGACCUGUUCAGGCAGUGUGUUUUCAGACAGGAUGAGAGAGACAUGGUGCUGAAGGCCGUCCGGAGCGUGCAGCCUGGCUACGGGCCACACACCCCUUCUGAACGGCCGCUCUGCUCUUUACCACUGGUGGAGAACUUCUAUACAAAGAGAAGAGAAGCUAGUUAUCCUAAGCUCGACUUCAGCGUUUCUGAUCUGCAGGUGCGCUUCAGGCGUCAGCUGGCGAUGGAGCAGGCCAACACCGUCACCAUUGACUCAGUGGAGGCCAUUAAACCUGUCAGCGAACACAUGGCCAGGACGAGGAAGUUGUUAUCCGAGCAGCGCUCCCACUGGCGCAAAGCUCUGCUGCAGGCCCUGAGAGAGAGCAGGAUGGUGUUAGGAAGCAGCAACCAGAGGAACUGGAAGGUCAGCAUCUACCCGUUCCUGCGCAUCCUCUCCGACGAGGAUUACGUCAACAUCAUGCUGCAGGGAUUGGCCAACCUGCCACCCAGCGGAGACUCUGUGCUUUUCUUGGCGAAGGACCUGGGCAACAGAGUCCACAACGUGUACUGCAUCCAACAGAAGAGCCACAGCCAGAUCAUGGAAAAACUGGGCAACAUCUACAACUUGUAUGUGAAGCUGCUUGGAAAAGAUACCGAGCCGUGCAACCUGUUGCCACGGGAGCGAUGGUGUGCUUUGGAGGAGGAGCACACCGCUGGCCCCUCCCUUCUGAGUGAUGACACACCCUGGCCUCACAUGCUGGUCAUUCAGCUGGGCAGUUUCCUGGUGGAUCUGCUGGUGCGGGAAGUCAAAAUCCCAAACAACAUCCUGAACCCCGCCCAGGAGAACAAGCUCAUCCCCGUCCUCUAUCACAUGUACACAUUCCGCAGCAACCGGCAGAUUGGUUUCAUCAAACCACACCCAAUCCUCACCCAACUACAGUCAGAAGCCAUGGAAACCAAGCUGACCUUUGACUCGUAUGUGAUACCCAUGCUGUGCCCACCAGUGCCCUGGACAUCAGCCAAGAGUGGGGCUUACCUCCUGACUCCCACCAAGCUCAUGCGCUCAGUUGAAGGCGCCAUCCAGCACCAGCUGCUGCUGGAGAAGCGCCCAGAUGAGGAGCUUCAUGCUGUGCUGGACUCCCUCACUCAGCUGGGCAACUGCGCCUGGAGGAUCAACAAACCCCUCUUAGACAUCAUCAUUUCCAUCUUCAACGAUAAAGGUAGUGAGAAGCUGGACGUUCCUCCACCUGUUUCCGAGGCACCGGAAAUUCCACGAUUCAACCCUCAUGAUCCGACGUACACCCCUGCCGAGAAAGCCCACAUAAAGCGCGAGGCUACGAAAGCGAAGAAGAAGAUGGCCGAGAUGCACAGUCUGCGCAUGGAUGCGCUCUACAAGCUGUCCAUCGCCAAUCACGUAAGGGAUGAGGUCUUUUGGUUCCCUCACAACAUGGAUUUCCGAGGGCGUACUUACCCGUGCCCGCCCUACUUCAACCACCUGGGAAGCGACGUAACCAGAGCCGUCUUGCUCUUUGCUGAGGGGAAGCCAUUGGGUCCUAAAGGCUUGGAUUGGUUGAAGAUCCAUCUGGUGAACCUUACAGGCUUGAAGAAACGGAGCUCACUUACUGGGAGACUGGAAUACGCCAACACCAUCAUGGAAGACAUCUUGGACUCAGCAGACAAUCCUUUAACAGGGAGGAAGUGGUGGAUGAAUGCUGAUGAGCCUUGGCAGACUCUGGCAUGCUGCAUGGAAAUAGCAAAUGCCUCCAGGUCACAUGACCCCACGCAGUUCAUCUCGCAUUUCCCUGUACAUCAGGACGGCUCCUGUAAUGGCCUCCAGCAUUACGCCGCUCUGGGUCGUGACGUGAUCGGUGCAACGUCGGUGAACUUAAUGCCAUGUGAUGAACCGCAGGAUGUCUACAGUGGUGUGGCUCAACAGGUGGAGGAGUUUCGAGCCCGAGACGCCGCUAAAGGCAUGAAGAUCGCCCAGGUGCUGGAGGGCUUCAUCAGCAGAAAGGUGGUGAAGCAAACGGUGAUGACUGUGGUCUACGGGGUCACGCGCUUCGGUGGACGGCUGCAGAUCGAAAAGCGCCUCAAGGAGAUCGAUGACUUCCCCAAGGAGUAUAUCUGGGACGCCUCACACUACCUAGUGCAUCAGGUCUUCAGCAGCUUGAAGGAAAUGUUCACCGGGACGAGAGAGAUCCAGGACUGGCUAACGGAGAGUGCGCGGCUAAUCGCUAAGUCAGGCAGCACGGUGGAGUGGGUGACCCCUCUGGGACUGCCCAUCGUCCAGCCCUACCACCGCACCAGGAACCACGUGCUCAAGGGCAACAUUCAGUUCCUGAGUCUCCAGAUAAGCCAUGAUGUCUAUGAGAGGCCGGACACGGUGAAGCAAAAGAAUGCAUUUCCUCCAAACUUCAUCCACUCUCUGGACUCCACACACAUGAUGCUGACUGCACUUAACUGCUACAGUGCUGGUUUGACCUUCGUCUCGGUGCACGACUGCUACUGGACCCAUGCGCUGACAGUCGACAUAAUGAACAAGGUGUGUCGUGAGCAGUUCGUGGCUCUGCACAAUCAGCCCAUUCUUCAGGACCUCUCCAAGUUCCUGCUGCAAAAAUACUGCUCAGGACCACCGGGUAACACAAAGAGCAAGAAGUUCCUGGAGUACUGGAAGAUGUCACAGCUGCUGGGGAAGGUUCCUGAGACAGGUGAUUUUGAUCUGCAGAGGGUGAAGGAAUCUACGUAUUUCUUCAGUUGAAAGAUGUUCAGAUGUUCCCAGAUGGUUCAAAAGAGGAAAUGCUGCUUCUCCCCUUUCCCUCACCCUCACUUCCACCCCUGGGGAAUCUCCAUGCUGAGACUGACAGUCUGAAUCAUCCGCUUCGAUGGAUGCAGCAUCUACACACUCAGUGAAGCUCUCACGAAUCAGGACUGAUGGAGUAGAAGUGUUUGCACAAUGGCGGGGGAUCGAUGACGAGUGUGUGUCGUGAAAACAACACAGUCGUUCAAAGGCCUGCUCAAGAGUUCAGAUGUUUCUCUGGUCUCAGUCAAGCUGGUCGUUUACUCCACACCUCUAGGCUGAUUUAAUCCACAGCUCAGGCUCCACACGUGACCAGGCCACACUGUCAGGAGGAGCAGGAACGAGCGGAUCAAUGAGAAUCUUCUGUAAAAUGUGGUGAACAGCUCAGGACGUUAUUUUGUAAUUUUCAUUUAGGAAUGUAAAAUAUUUUGUGCAGAAGCUGUAAUGUAUAAAUACUGAACCAUGUCUAAUAAAAAUAACAUAUUUUUAUAA